UUUCGACUUUCUACUAUCACGAUCCCCGAGAGUGAAACUGACAGAGCAGCAGCCCAGCUUUACCUCCCCAUUUUUUCAGAGAAAUUUCAAAGGAAUCAACAAUUAACGAUGGGAGACCAAGAUCAUCAUAGCCAACAAUCUCAAGAUCUCCCUCACGUCCUUGUCCUUUAUGAACACCAUAUCUUCAAUGAACUCCAACGAAUCUACUCUCACAAGUUCCAUUUCAUUCUCCUUCCUUCUUCCUCCUCUGCCCCUCUAGACCAAUUCCUCACUGCCCACAACUACGAUCCUUCUUCGAUCCGUGCCGCAGUCGGCGCUUACCGGCCCAUCACGGCCGACAUCCUCGGCCGCCUGCCGUCUCUUGGCCUUUUGGUCACCCCCAGCGUCGGAUAUAACCAUAUAGACCUGACGGAGUGCCGCCGCCGGGGAAUCAAGGUUGCUAAUGUCGGAACGGUGUUGUCGGAGGACGUAGCUGAUGCUGCGGUGGGCAUGUUCAUCGACCUGAUGAGGAAAAUUUCGGCCGGCGAUCGCUACAUGAGGUCGAUGAACAUUUCGCUUGCUACUACAGCACGGAAUUUUCCUCUAGGUUCCAAGGUGAGAGGCAAGCGUGUUGGUAUCGUUGGAUUGGGAAGCAUUGGUUUGGAAAUUGCCAAGAGACUUGAAGCCUUUGGGUGCAUCAUAUCAUACAACUCAAGGACCCAGAAGUCAACAGUUCCUUACAUUUUUUACUCCAACGUUGUUGAGCUCGCAAGUUCCUGCGAUGCACUCAUAAUAUGUUGUCCAUUAAAUGAGCAAACAAGGCACAUAAUUAACAGACAAGUGAUGUUGGCAUUGGGAAAAGAAGGAGUCAUUGUGAACGUUGGAAGAGGGGCUCUUAUAGAUGAAAAGGAAUUGGUUAAGUGUUUGAUGGAAGGAGAGAUUGGAGGGGCUGGUUUGGAUGUGUUUGAGGAUGAACCUAACGUUCCUAAAGAGCUUUUUGAUUUGGAUAAUGUUGUCUUAUCUCCACAUACAAGUGCAGUAACUUCAGAAUCUAUGAGGGGUGUUAUUGAGAUUGUGGGAGAGAAUCUAGAAGCCUUCUACUCAAAUAAGCCUCUAAUUACUUCAGUCUUGUUUGAUUAGCGGAAGGAGAAAACUUGAGGCACACUAGAAAUCUAGAAGCCUUCUGCUCAAAUAAGCCUCUAAUUACUUCAGUCUUGUUUGAUUAGAGGAAGGAGAAAACUUGAGGCACACUAGAAAUCUAGAAGCCUUCUGCUCAAAUAAGCCUCUAAUUACUACUUAGCUGAUUGUGUAACGCCUACUUUCUUUGAUUAUGGUUGCAAUUCGAAAUUUUUGGUUAAUUGAUGUUAGAAUUUCUGCUUCUA